CAACAGUACUUUGUCCUCAGUUUUAUUGUGGCAGACGAGCAAUUUUGUUUGUAAUGAUGUAUAACUUUGUUUCAGUGUCUAAUGCCACAUUGAUGUUCAAAGUUUUGUAAAUGAUAAAUGAAAUUGUUUGGUUUUAAAAAACGCUCCUGCUUUGAAGCAUGAGCUGCUCCACAUCAAAAUCCGCUCCGUCCACUCCGACAGAGCAAGCCAAGCAACUGCACACUAAUGUUUCGGUAAAGAAAAGGGGGAAACGAAAUAGCAGAGUACAUUUUCCUGUAGAUGAAAUGCUUGUAACGUGUUAUUUAGAACCACCUGAUCCAUGGUCUAAAGUUUAUUCCAAUACACUGAAUACCCUUACUACGGCUUAUAUGGCAGCAUGUGACAAACAAGGUAUAAAGCCUCUGACUUGUGUCUUGGAUCAAUUACAGGAAUUUGAGAGUUGCUCCCAUAAAUUAGAGUCUAAUCCCCGUGCAUUUGACCUUAGUAUAUUAGGUGAGAAACUAACUGUGAAACAUUGUGAGGCAUUGGAAGAAGUUUUGAGAAGACUGCAAUUUAACUUAGUAGAUUUAGAAGGCUGUUACUUAGAAGAUGAGGGUGCUGCAGCUUUUUUUGAUAUGAUUGAGUACUACGACUCAGCUGUUCAACUAAAUAUAUCAUUUACAAAGCAUAUUGAUUGUCGGGGAUGGCAGGCUUGCUCUCGCAUGUUAAAGAAGACUACAUCAUUAGUUCAUCUAAAUGCACGAAGCACUGGUCUAAAUGAACAAGUUCUUCUAAUUGUCGGAAGAGCAUUGCGUUUGGGAUCUAAUUUAGUAACCUUGCAUCUUGAAAACUGUGGCAUAUUUGGAAGAUGUCUUGUUAUAUUAGUUGCUGCUCUAAAAUUGAACACCACUUUGCGAGAACUCUUCUUAGCUGAGAACAAAAUAUCACCGGCAGAUGGCUUUCAAUUGGGUAACUUGCUUCGUACGAACACGCAUUUGGAAUUACUUGAUUUGAGCAACAAUAAACUAGGGGAUGAUGGUUUAACUCAUGUAAUGGAAAGUCUUGGACAGCAAUCAAAUACGUCUGGAAGAGGUCUCAGUACCUUAAUUUUAUGGAACAAUGAACUCACUGUAAAAGGAAUGCCCUGUGUAGCAAGAGCUUUAACAUCUGCUCGAGCUCUCAGAAAACUUAAUUUGGGUAGCAAUGCUAUAACAAGUGGUGGAAUUAUAGAAAUGAAACAGAGUUUUAUUUGCAACCGUACUGUUGAAGUUCUGGAGCUUGAAAAUGCUAGCAUAACAUCUGAAGGAGCAUCUGCUUUAGCUGAAUAUAUUUCUCAAAAUCCAUUCCUGCAGAAGCUUGAUAUAAGAGGUAAUGACAUUAGACUGGAUGGUUUAAAAGCGCUUUCACAAGCCAUGAUGAAGAAUCAAAAUGUUGUCAGCUUAAAAGUUGAUCCCACAUCAAUGGAUUUGAGUGAGCCCAUCAAGGAUCGUCAGCAUGAACUUCAAGAGAUUACAAAGUUUUGCCAAAGAAACAAAGAAGCCAAAAAUUCCUUACCUCCUCAAGAUGCUCAGUUAUCCACCCUUUUCAAUGGUAUAUUUUCUCAUGUGCUUCCCACCUCAUUGCCUGCAGAACUUCAACAGCAGAGCAGUAAUAAACUGAUAAAUAGUAAUACAUCUCAGAAUUCUCUAAGGGGACGUUUCCGCGUAUCUGUUGUCCUUAAUAACCAAGAAAAUACAACUGUUGAAGUACCAAAACCUACUCCUCAGGCUGCUCGCUCCUUGUCACUGGAUGCUAGUUAUUUUUCUGUAGCUUCAGACUAUAAAUCUAGAUUGUACAGUUCAAGAUUUCCUGCAGCAUGUACAGAUGAACCACAGAAGAAUAGUUCAUCAGAUGGCUUAGUAUCAGAUCGUGUGAAGUGGCUCGAAGAUCUAAGUGUAUCAGGAAAUGUAAAUACUGAUAAUAUGAGGUCUUUUUCAUCUGAGAAUUCUGAACAGUCUAGCUGUGGUGUAUCGAGGAACCUUGAAGCCAAUCCUGAUGUAUUUUUGCCCAGUGUCGAAAUGAAAGCCAAAGAAGUAGCUGAAAGAAAAGGCCUUAACCUUGCCCUAAAUUCUAAUCCUUGUGAUCCACCAGAAGCAGAACAGAAAGUGAGGCGCCUGAGUUCGCCAACUAUAUCUUCUGCUCCUCCCCUAUCCCGUAAAACUCACAGUAUAAAAUGCUGCAAGGAGCUUGAAGGUCUAGAUCUUCGAUCAACUGUUCCUUUGUCACCUACGAGACUUUGUGAAAGUUUUG